GCUGUCGUGCGUGAAGUUUGUAGCAUGUGAUGUUCCGUGAAAAGUGUUAAUUUUUUACGAAAUUUUUUGAAAAUUAUUGGACUGCGCUGUGCCUGAAUGUGUUAUAUAGAUAUUAUAGUUUGUGCACCAUUAUUAGUGAUUAGUGUAUAGUGUUAACGCUUUAAAAUUCAUUUACAUGGAUAAAGCCGUCACUUAGGUUCGUUAAGGUUAGCACUUUUUUUCGUCUGUUGUUUUUCUUAAAAUAGAUUUCAGUGCGGGUUGCAAUGAUAUUUCAGUUUUGUUUGUGUAACGCCUUCAUGUGACUUCAGUUCUUUUCAUGGAACCUUGAACUACAAACUUGACAUGGAGUCGCAUAUUCUAAAUAUGUACCAUCAGACUUAUCAAAGUCUAGGUCAUAAGAUUGUGCGCUCAAAAAGUGAGUCCCUGUCCUCUGAGAGCAGUUGUAACCAAAACAGUCCUGAGUAUACACAGAGUCAAGAAACUACUAGAUUUGAAGAUGAAGGACAGUAUUGGCACAUCAAAGACCGGGAUGGUAGGGUGUGGAGUCAGAACCAGAAUGUUAAUAUAACACAAUCCAAUCAAGAUACAAGUAUAGAUGAAGAUGAAAAUGUAGAAAUACAGGAAAUAUCUAUAGAUGAUAAAAACUCCGAGUGUAAUGACAAUGUGGAUUUGUUAGAAGCAGAAAAUUUAGAGGAAAACUCACUUGUAGAAGGUGACGAUUAUGAUGUAAUUCAAGUGUUUGCUGUUGACCCUGAUAUAGACCUAGAAGCUUCAUCGGAUGAAGAUCAAGAAGAUUACUGCAUAGAGGAAGAUUCUAAUAACUCUGAUGAUGGUGAAUAUUUAGUCGCAGAAGAUAAAACCAUCCAUCAAUUUUCUGGUACUAUAUAUGGUACAAAUAACAGAACACAUAGUAUAUGCCAAGAUAGCUUAGGAGUUAACUUUGAUACAGCAGUAGUUUCUAAUGUCGAUGAAUAUUUCAUUAAAGCAAGUGAUGACAAAUAUAUAUUAGAGGCUAAAGAUGAACCAGUUGUCAAAGAUGUGGAUGAAUACUUUAUUAAAGAAAAUAAAGAAGAUCCAAAAGUUGCAAAUGUUGAAAACGACAUUUUUAUUAAGAGCACAUUGCCAGAAGACACUGUUUUUCGGAUAUCAAAAACUCUACCAGAUAAGAUAUUCGCUGAUAGUGAUUGUAAUAUUUAUAUCAAAACAGAAACAGAAGAAGAAGUUGAAGAAGAAGAUCCUCCAGCAGAUGUAUCAAUAAAUGAAUCUGAUUUAGAAGUACUUCCAAAUAUAGAAGAUUUAAAAAGAUUCCUUCUAGAAGACAUGUCUUAUAGCAAACACAGAAGUGCCCAAAAGCAAUGUUCAGUAUCUCUUCCACAUUCUCCAAUACAUAAUAUUUGUAUGGAUGUAGAUGCUAAAACUUGUUUAAGCUUUGAAGAUCUUAAUUUGGAUUUGUCUGAUCUUACUUUUGAGAAUGAUAAAGAAAAAUCAGGCACCAGUUCUAAAAACGAUGAUAUUCCACGCACAUUGACAGAAGAAGACGUUAACAGCUUUCUUAUAACAAACAAUAUAUUAGAGCCUAAAACAAUUGUUAAGGAUGACGAUGAUUUAAGCCAACAAGAUAUGGAUAUAGAUAGGCCUGUUGAUUCAAUCAUUAGCAAUGUAGAUGAAACUCCAAUAAUAACAGUCCCACUUGACCGAAAACACACUUCCACCCCUCUUCCAGAACCAAACGUUUUGGAAUUUUGUAUAGAAAAGAUAACUGUUAAGAAAGAGCCCGAUAUAAAAGGGGAGCCAGAUGACUUUGUAGAUGUAGAAUCAUGUAAUGAUACUGUUAUACCUGUUUUGGAGGCAAAUAAUCUAAAUUCGCUUCUUGAACAGUUUGAGGCAACUGAAAAAUUAAACAAUAAAAACAAAAAGUCAAUAGUCCAUGUCAGGGAGCCAAAAAUGAAAAGUUUAACUAGUGGUAUGCGCUUACAGGAUGCUGGCGUCCAACUAAACAAAACCAAAAUGCGUCAAAUAUUGAUGCCGUCAACAGUUAAUUCGGUGAUCAGACGAUCUCCAAGCCCUGUUCACUCUGAUCACGACUAUUGCUCUUCGAAAAAGCGGCUCAGUGUUCCUAAUCUAAAGGGAGGGCAAAGUCUGCUGAAACCAGAGGUUCUUUCAAGCAACAAUAGGAUAUUGAACUCUAGGCACAGGUCUUGUAAGAAUAAAAAAGUAGUGUAUCAUCUAAGUAGUGAUGAGGAAAGUGAAGUUAACAAUGUAAAGAAAAAUAAACUUUUAAUAGAUCGUUCUAAUGAUGACAGUGACAUUAAGCCAAUCAAGAAAUCUAGUGUAAAAGUUAAGCAGACAGUGAAUUCAAAUCAUCGUAAAAAACUAUCACCUACACAUAGUGUGUCGAACGAUAGUGGUACUGAUAAAAAUAACGGUUCUGUGAUUGCGAAAACUGCUUUUAAAGCAAGUGAUACUCCUUGUAGUCAAAGUUCUAAUGGUAGUAUUAAGUUAACUAUUAAAAAUAAAUCUGAAGUUAUUAUCAAAAACUGUGAUGUUAAGGACAAUCGUAAAGAUAUGGUUUUUGAAAAACAUAAAAGUAGUAGUAAGUGUAAUAGCACAAAUAAAUUAUCUAACAAUAUAAACAAUUCUGUAAAAUAUAUUGAACCAGUAGAUAGGAACAAAAAUAAAGACGUGAAUAGUUUAGGAAUUCAUAGUGAUGAAUAUAAAAAACAGGAAGUCAAUUCAAAUUCUGAGCACUUUUAUACUGCACUAUUUAGUAAUAAGCAAGAUGUGCAAAUUCCUCAUUCAAUACCUUUAAAGAUCGAAAAUACAGGUAAUGAGGAAGAGAUUAAAGUAUUUGCCGAGGCACAGCCUCCUCAUGACAAUGAGCAACCACAGAAAAAGAAAAAAUUGAAUCUCCAAGAAUAUAAGUUACGUCGAGGCGGUAAUUCAAACAGUAGUUCAGCACAAGUCAGUCCUGAGGCGAUAUUUCCCGACAUGCCGUGCAAUCUUAACUUGGACAAAAAUAUUAAAAGUCCAAUUAGUAUAAGUCCUAAUAACUUAUUAGUUCCUAAAGAGGAAGUAAGUGCUGUAACGGAAAAUAAUGUUUUUGAUCCAAUACGAGAGGCUUCACGAAAAAUACUUAUGAAUUCGAGAAAACAAAAAGCGGAGGCUAUGAGAAAAAGAGACGAAGACAUCGUGAUGAGUAAGAUACCAAAAGUGGAAAAUCUAGAGCUUCAGCCCCUUAUAAGUGACGCAGAAAUGAUGAAAAUUGUAGCCAUGACCUCUGAAGUUCUGCCUGUUCCUGUGCCAACUCCACCAGUUGUCGAAGAAGAAAAAGUAAAACUGGCAACGAAACAUCCUCCUACGGAUUACGAUGAAAUGGUAGUAGUCAGCGUCGGCACUAACACAGAUGAAAAUGUAUUCAAACAAAUUGAACAACAAAAAGCAAUAGAAAGUAAGAAACGUAAAUCAGAAUCACCUCAAACGGAAAACAAAACACCGAUAAACUUUAAAAUUAAAAAAUCUGACCACGUGUCGAAACAUAAUGUUUUCGAUCCCGUCAAAAGUAAUAGGCACAGUACAAACGAUAAAAACCAUUCUGACAUUAAAUUCAAUAAAGAGAGGCUCAAAGAUAUUACAGCAACGUUGAAAAGCGUUGAGAAAUCAGUCGAAACUAAAAUAUCAAGUAAUUCAUUGUUCGCUAGUAUCCAAGAUGUUGUGAUGAAAAAGACUCCAAUCACAAAUGGGGAGCAAAAAUCAUCAAAGCCAAACUCCCCAGUUGAAAAACGCGAAUUUAAAUAUACAAAAACAACAAUAAUUCGAGAAUACGAUACUAAAAAUGAACACGGUGAAGAUAAAAUUAUACUUCAUCUAGAUAAGAAUAGAAAGAAGCCCGAUGUUGCCACAAUUGAUGUACAAACUGAAACACCAUCGGUAUGUGUAACUAAACCAAUUGAAAAAGUUACCCCAAAAGCAGUGAGUGCUUCACCGAGAAAAAGAAAUGACAGUGACAUGUCAAUGUCGAGUGAAGAUAGUCCAGUUCGUGUCAAAAAAGUACAGACGCCACCGAAAAUUGAAGAAAAGGCACCUGUUAAAAUAAGAACUGAGGCGACUAGACGCGAAAUAAAGCGAUCUGAGUCUAAAGAAAAACGUUCUCGGUCCAGAGAUAGGUAUGACGUCAAAUACAGACGGUCUAGGUCACAUUCGAGAGGACACAGAAGGAAACGAUCACACAGCCGCAAAAGAUCUAGAUCUCGAGGACGAUAUCGUCGUUACAGACGAUCAGACUCGCCUUAUAGGAGGAAAAGACGAACACGGACAAGAUCUCCAUACAGAUCUAGACGAUCACCCUCCUCUCGCAGAGAUUACCGUCCCAAUAGAUCGAGGUCAAGGUCGAAACAUGCGGAUAUUGAAACCAAAAGCCCAGUCAAGAAAAGGCCAAGCCCCCAUUACAAUGGGAAUAACGAAAAGAAACCUGUGAAGUCGUUCACGCCUCCGUUACGAAAACCAACGGUUUCUGAAAGUUCUGAAUCGUCCACGUCUUCCAGCUCAUCCUCGUCAAGUAGUUCCACUACGUCGACAGAGUCGCGUGAAUCGACUAGUCCAGUGAAGAAAGACGAAAUAUACGGUAUAAAGGGCUACAGGAGUUCCUAUAGUUCGGAGGACAGAGAAAGUAACACGCCAGUGGAAGAGAGACGUAUAGUGUUCGUGGGAAGGUUAGACAAGGACGUGACUAAAGGAACUCUGCGUUCGCAGUUCACCAAAUUUGGACCCGUCACUGAAGUGAGAUUGCAUUCUAAGGAAGACGGGUCGCGUUAUGGCUUCGUGACCUUCCAAAGGCCGAAAGACGCGUGGUCGGCAGUGGAGGCCGCGAACUCGUUGCCACAGUACGACGUCGGCUUCGGCGGACGACGGGCCUUCUGUAGGCAGAGUUACGCAGACCUUGAUGGUCUGGAAGCGACUUACAGCGAGAGCGCUUUCCAGGGCCAGCCGGCGUUGCCAGCUCGACGCAACGACGACAUGUCCUUCGAGCAAAUGUUGCUAGACAUAAAAAAUAAAUUGAACAAACGGAAAGGCGACAAAAUUCGCACAGACGACAGCACUGCUUGACGUUUACCCCAUUUUAGUUCGUCCAUCUUAAUAGAAAAUACCUCGCGUUUGUUGUCUGUGCUUGUCAAAGUGACGUUUGACAGGUGUCAGUGCGAUAUCUUUAUCUGUGACACGAUGGUGUCGAAAUGAAAUAUAGUGGCGCUUUGUAACAACUGUCAUUUUUAAAGGAUUUAUCUGACUUAUACUCUAUUGAUUGUUAAUAUAGCAUUGCUUAUGCUUACUUUUACUUUAUUAGUAAAGUAAAAGUAAGCAUAAGCAAUGCUUUAAAGGUUAAUAUUUUUCAUUAGAUGGCCUAUGAUAACAUUAUGAUCAUAUUUUUUUUUCAAAAUCGCUGAUGUAAUUUACUAUUUUAAGAGAAUCAUGAAGUUAAAAAAUAUUAGAAAAAAAUCUAAUGUAUUUUUAACCGACUUCAAAAAAAGGAGGAGGUUUCUCAAUUCUACCGUAUAUAUUUUUUUCAUCAUGUAUAAAAACUUAUUUAACUUUACUAUUUUCUAACUAUGCUUUUACAUUAAAACAAUCAUGUUUUUAUCAAACUUUAAAACAGUAAAUAUUUUCAAACUGAGAAUCCAAUUUGUAAAUUGAAGAUGGCCACAAAACCAUAGAUUACAAAUCCUCAAACCUGUGAGGUAACUUUAGAAACUUUCAAAAUGGCAGUUGUUAUUUUAGUCGUUUAAUUGUGCAAUUAAAAAGACAUUUUGGUGUUUUAAAUGUAUAAAAUAAUUGUUGUUUUCUCAACGUUCCUCUUGCUAGUUAGAAAUAUUGUUUUUGUACAUUUAUAGUCUUUUUUUAGUUCUCAGUACAUAACGAUAUCUUAGUUUAGUCUAACGCUACCUCAAAAUACGAAAAAGAAAACUAUUCAAUUUGAAUUCGUACAUUGUGUAUUUUUUUUUUAAUUUUGUGCUGCUUUGAUUUGAAAUAACUUUGUUGUUUAAUAGAAAAAAAUAUAUUAUUCUAUAUUUUUUUUUUUAGUGUGAAAAUAUUGUAAAAAUUGUGUACAUAAGAAACUAAAGUGCUAUGGGGUAAUUGUGAAAAUGGGGAUAUUCAGAAAUUUGAGAAUAUUUAUAUCCAAUUUAUUUUGGAUAUAAAUAUUCUCAAAUUUUGCGAAAGCAAAACGCAAAAUUAUUUAUGGCGUCGUUUUAUUGGUCUUUCAAGUUCAAACUUCAAAUAUUUUUCUUUGGCAUAUCCCCAUUUUCCCAUACCAGAGCGUUAUAUAAAACCAUGAUGGUGUGAAAUGUUAAAAAAGUGCUGGAAAACUUUAUGAUGCAAGUGUUAAAUAUUCACAAAAAAACGGUUUUAGUGUAAGUUCUUAAAGGAACUUGAUCGCAUAAAAAUGUUUUUCUUUUCUUUUAAUUUUUGUAGAGGCUUCCUUUAACACACAAUAUUGUGACGGUUAGUAUAGUACCUUUAUGGUAAGGUCUAUUUUGGGAAGUCUGUUUGGCUUUAGACGUACUGGUAAGAUGACAGAUCAAGCGCGUUUGCGUGUGUGUGAACCAUUAACCUCUUAUAAAAAAGUAGACACACAACAUAACAUCAAGUGGAGUUUGGCUAACGAAAGUAGAGACUGAACUCGCUCGCCAAAUUUCAAAAAUCAUUUAAACAAAUAAAAAAGACAUGCGUUUUCAUAAUUUGUUUAAUAUUUUUUUUUUGUUUGUGAAUACAAUAUAAUUGCAAUAUAAUUUUAAGAAUUUACUGCGAUUUUUUUCAUAAUUUGGCGAGCGAUUUGAGUCUCCACUUACAUUAGUCAAACUCUGUGAUCGCAGUCAAGGGCUAACUUGUCAAGGAAUAUAAAAAACACACUAACGCAAUUUCUGUCAACUGUUUGCUGUCAAUCACUUGUCUGUACAUCUUACCGCUAUAACCAAAAUAAAAUUUGUCUCCGAAAUACAAACUAAACUAUCAACAUCGACCUUUAUAAUAAAAGAACGCACAAUCUUGUAGAAAAUUUCACUUAUAAACUGGUCAAUUUUGUUUUGAUAGUUUUAAAAUUAUUGGUAAAGAAAAUUAUACCUAAAGGUAUAAUAAUAAUAAUAAAAUAUUCAAAAAAUCCCAAUAUACCUUUUAAAAUAGUCCAAUAUUCAAAAAAAUCCAAAUUCAGAGCAAAUUCAACCUUAAGUAUUGAGUAUAAGGGUUGAAUUUGCAAAUGUAACUACUUUGCAAAUGUGCCAAAAAGUUGUGUUUGGCACUCAUUGAGUGCGGACGUUUUUUGGUCGCUGAUUGUGCAUCCACUUUUUAAUAGGAGAUCGAUGACUAUCAACUAUCCAUUUUGAUUUUGCUUUGCGUUGCAAAAGUCGAAAAUAAUUUACACGAUAAAUUUAAUAGGCGAUUCCAUAAAUAAAGCCUAACACUAAAGGGUUUAACUAAGAGAUGAAGAAGUCUUUCAUGUUUGACUUGUAGUCGUAAAAGUGGACCAUGUUUUACUUAAAGGAUAAUUAAAAGACAAGAAUAUUUGCCAUAUCUUUUAAUUGUGACCAAUAUUCUUGAUUCCUUCCAAUGUCGGAGAAGACUGUUAGGGGCCCGUGGAACUGUCGAGGCUUAUUUGAUUAAUAAUUGUGUAUUAAUUACAUAAAAGUACAUAUAUAUGAGUACACUUGUUCAAGACUUCUGAAAAUGGUACCCAAACACAAUACAAACUUUCAUCCUAUAUUUAAAUACAAAUUUUUUUAAAGCGGUUAACCUCUUCAAAAAAUUGUGAAUGAAUGUAUAGAAAUUACUCUAUUUAUAAAUGAGAAAAUUUGUUUUGCGGUUGCUAAAACCGCUGGAUUUAGCUCUUGUCUAUGGCCGCUAUUUGAAAACUUUCAAUACACUUUUAAUUCUGUUACAAUAGUUUUUUGUCUGUUGACGUAGUCACAUAAAAACGCUUCCAAUAUAUUAACACUAGUGCCAAAAUUUAUUCUGUUCCUAGAUUUUUUUUUAUAUAUAAUAUAUAUUAUGUGAAAGAAAAGGCAGCUAGAAUCACUUUGUAAAAAAUACAUGCCUUGUUAUUCUGCUUUAGCCAAUUUCACCCUAAUGUUAGCCUGUUUAAAAAAACAAUCAACAGAUAAAAAGAUGUUUUAAGUCAACAUGGCAACAAGUGAAGUUGUUUUUUAUAUAAUUUACUUUAUCGUUAGUAUGUUAUAUUAUUAUAAAAAAAAACAAUGUCUUCAGAAUCAAAAGGGGUAGUACCCAGAGCUGAAGUUGAAUAAAAAAAACAAUGAUAAAGUUAUGAUAAAUAUAUUUUAAAGUGCCACUCUUAUCUGGCGCGGUGAGUGUUGCUGUUGUCGCUUUUUAUGAUAAUGUUUUUUCAAAAUGGCGAAGCCGUGGUUUUAGUUUCAGUUUUGGUCACCGGGUCAGAAAAGUUUGUGGCACUGUAACAAAAAGUUAAAAAAAUAGGUAUUACAUUAAAUGUGGAAGUACCUCAAAAAAAUCAACAUGGCUUCAAUGAAACAUAAUCCAUUAAUGUAUGUAUGACAUAAUGAGUGUUGCCAGAAAUAUCUAUAUUUUAAUGCUUAUAAAGACUGCUUCAAUAGACUGGUUUAGAUUCGUGUAGAUAUACAAAGUAUUAUGAAUUCGGUUGCAAUUAUAAAGUCAAACAAUAAAUAUAUUAGUGUACCAUAAAGAAAUAUUUUAAUUAACAAUAUUUUUCAGAAAUCAGCUAUUUGGAAUCGAAAUUGAUUCGACUUGAAGUGAUUUCAGAUUUUACACAGUAAAUAAAUUAAAAAACAGCAAUUUCAUCAGCAAUGGAUUUGUCCAAGAACCUUCCUAAUCGUUUUUGUAAAUAAAUGAAAGUAGAUAUAAAUAUGAUACGUAAAAAAUCUGUCUUCAAAAUGCAAUUAAUAAUUUUCAAAAUCGAUUUACUCAGGAUCCAAUGAUUUUGGUUUAUGAAGUAUGUAGUCACUUUGAAAAGUAAACAUUAAAUAUAUAUAUUUAUAUAUUGACGUCUUAAAUUUUAUUUACUUAUUUGGUCUAAUAGCGAAUAAUAAUAAUAAAAAAGUCAUUUAUUUGUUUUAAUUUACAUAAAUUAAAGGAGAUGGUCCUUUGUAUGAAAUCUUGAAAAAGUUGGAGGUGCAUGCCCCGGACCGGAUUCGAACCCAGACUUUCCGGAAUCGGAGGCAGAGGUCAUAUCCACUGGGUUAUCACGGCUCAACUUUUAACUUAACUUUUUCAGUUGUGUGCAUUUUAAGAAGUUAAAUAUCACGUGUCUCAAUCGGUGAAGGAAAACAUCGUGAGGAAACCUGCAUACCAGAGAAUUAUCUUGAUUCUCUGCGUGUGUGAAGUCUGCCAAUCCGCAUUGGGCCAGCGUGGUGGACUAUUGGCCUUACCCCUCUCAUUCUGAGAGGAGACUCGAGCUCAGCAGUAAGCCGAAAAUGGAUUGAUGACGACGAUGAAAUCUUGUCAGUGUACAAAAAGAAAUAAAAAGUCAUGAAAUAUAAACAAUUUUUCAUUAUUAAAUUCUACAAUUCUACGAGUAUACUUUGAAUUUAACGCAAUUAAUUGUCUAAUUAUGAAUACAUUUUAAAUACAUUUUUUUUAAACGGACGGAAGGAUGCCAACUUUGUAAAUUUCUUCACCAAUAGAAAGCCACGUAGUAAAACCAUAAGUAGAAAACAAAAAUAGAACCAUAAGUAGAAGACAGAAAAGAUUUUUUUUGUCUUUUACUUAUGGUUUAGUUCAAUUUGUUCAUUUAUUUUAUUUUUAACUAACAGCCGGUCAACGGUUUUAACCGCGUAGUUCCGGUUCCCGUGGGUGUACGCGGAUAAAGCCUAUGACACUCACAAAUAACGUGACUUUCUAUUGGUGAAAGAAUUUACAAAAUCGGUUCAGUAGAACCAGAUAUUACACCUUACAAUACCACAAACUUUACUUCUUUAUAAUAUUAAUAUUAUAGUUGAAAUCCCUGUACUUUUUUAAAUUUUAAUAGUAUGUAAUAAAUUUACUGGGCUUAAAAUGAAACAUCUUCUUAAGGUAAAAAAAAGGUAAAAAAUAUUUUUAACCUAUUACUGUACUGUGUUACAAGGUUGUAUCAGACGUUAUAUUUUUUGUUUUUGGAUGACCGGACUUAUUAACCAAAUUAUCUACAUAUACAACUAUAGAGCUAGUCUGAUUAUUUAUAAUUAUGGUAUGGGCAACUGGGAAACACUCUUGAUGCUAAAUGUUGCCAGGUUUUGAAAUGAAACAUCAAAUUCUAAACAAAUUAUAUUUAAAGUAUUUUUACUUGGCAUCCUAACACAUUCAUUGUGCUUUUGUAUUGUCUAUGAACAAAGAAUUUUUUAGCCAAUUUUCCUUAGACAGAGAAGUAAAUAGAUAGAUAGAAAUCAUCUAUCGCAUUCACUUAAAAAAAUAACAACAUAUGCAAGGACACUGUCAAGAUAAAAGAUAAUUUCGAUAUUCGUGUACGGUUUAAUUUUUUCAGGCUCAGCGAUGACCAAACAAGGUGGAGAAUCUUCAAUUAUUUAUUAAACGUAUUGUGAGCACGAAAUUACAUUCUGAACUGGUUGCCAACUAUUAGUGACCACUUGAAUAUUGGUGAAAAAUCGUUCAAUGGCAUGUUUUUAAUUUUUCAGUUUCGAAAUCGUUUAUAUUUUGACAUAAUCAUUACACACAUCAAUUGUCUAUAUACUUCUCUGUCUAUUAGUUUCACACUAGCACAAUGUGUUAUGAUGUCAGGUGUAAAUUAACAUUAUACCUAAGUUGAAAUCAACGGAAUGAUAAGGCAAAUAAUGUCUUAACGUCUGACGACAUUAGAUGUUAUUGUUUCUUGUUUAAUUAUAUUUAUUUCUAAUAAAGUUUUAAGUGUAUUUAAAAAAAAAAAAUAUUGUUUUAAGUUUUUUUCUCUUAGUUGUAAGCCUAAGUAUUGAAUGUCUGAGAUUUUCUCCUUUACCACAGGUUUAUAUUUUGUUUGGUUAACGUGUAAAAUAAAAAAAAAAACUGACAGUCAAUACUUUAAUGUAAAUAUGAUUUGACAUAUUUUUUUUUCUUUAAUACUUAUAAUAAGAAAUGUCUACCAUUAUGUUAUAAGAUGUAGAUGUGUAUCAUUGUCUAUGAUCUAAAGUGUUCGCGCCAAAAUAGUACAUUAAUUUUGUAGGAUUAAAAAAAUUAAUAAAAAGCAGUCCAUAUUUUUUUCCAUUUUAGUUAAUUUUUUUUUAGAUUUUUAGCACAAUUCGCUCUAAUUGAGCAUGUUAUGUGUUUACUGUUCAGUAAAAAUAUAAAAAUAAUAAAAAAAAAAUCGAUAUCAUGCCUCACAACAAUUUUUUUUAUGAACAAAAUCAAUGUUGUUUUCGGUAUUUUAAAUAGGAUGCUCUCUUUUUUAUUAAAUCUGUUAAAAAUAAUACGCUAAAGUAUAACGUAUUAAGGGUUGGUUUUGUCGUUUUUUUAAAUCUUUAUUAAGUUUUGAUUGUACUGAAACCGGUUGCCAAAUAUUUUUGUACGAGCAAUGACCUUUACCAAUAGUUAGAGGAUAAGCACACAACCAUAAACUAUAAUUAUUUAUAAUAUUAUCACAGAUUAAAGAAUAAUAGGCAGAUAGAGCUUACGGAACACGAUAUUAAUACAUAAACUGUUUACAAAAAUUAAAGAAAAAAAACUAAAGUAUUUUUUACUGGCAAUUAUGGAUUAUUAUAAUAAUUUACGUUAUAACAACAAUUGUUGUUAGUGUUCAAUUUUCAAAUAUAAAUUAUGAAAAAAGAUUGUAUUAAUGCGGAUGUCAAGGAGACGCGUGACGGUUUUUAAUGGGUUUCACCGGCUUCACCACGCUGCGUGUAAAGACUCAUUCUAGAUCAUUCUUUAUUCUGUGAUUAUCAUAAAAAAUAAUUUUAACCUUUAUUAUUAUUUUUUAUAAUACUAUUAUUAUUCAUUAUACCUUUAUUAUUAUAUACACGUGUGCUUAAGACAUGCCUUUAAUGGCCAUAGACUUACAAAAUAGGGCAUUGGUCUCCCAUAAAAAAUAUCUCUAAAAGAUUACCGCAAUCAAGAAAAGAUUUAAAUGUUUCAGAGACCGAAUAACGACAGAAUUUUCCUUUUAUAUCUGUAUUUAAGAGCGAUUACAUUUAAAAAUUAUGAAAAAAUUAAGUUAAAUAAACUUUUUUUUUUAAUCGAAAUUUAAUUUUAGUACUUACCUUAUUUAUUUUGUUCCUUAUAGUAUAUGCUACCAAAUCAUAGACUAAAUACUCUAAUAAAAUAGAAAAUCAUUUUGUUAGUUUUACAGAUUUUAUUUACCUACUGUGUAGCUCAAUUUUUAGAUUAUAAUGUUUUUAAAAAAUCAAAAUUUCUAAAACAUAAAUUUCUAAUUUUAGAAACAGAAAUAGUUUUUUUUUGUAUUAUUACAAAAAUCAUUCGAAGUAGUAAGUAAAUUGUUUUUAGUUUUAACUUUGAUAUGCAACUUUUUAGAAUGUUACCUAAUGUAUUUGUUAACUUAACCUUCCUGAUAAAAAUAGUUAUUUUGUAAUGGUUUUUGUUAUCUAUAUAUUUUUUUGUCUCAAUUAUUCACGUAUAAUCAAAGCGAGAUAGAUAUAUAUAGACUGACAUAAAUAAAAAUAACUGUGCUGCAUUAUGGAAUUAGUUAUUUUGGAAAUAGGAAUUGAACACGGAACGUACCUACGAAUUAUGUAAAUAAUAUUAAAGUUGUUUUAAAAAAAAUACUUACUGUGUCGACGAACGAACAUCUUGUAAAUGUAAAAUUUUUAAUUAAAAAUUAAAAAUGUCCACAUGUU